AUACAAUGAAGUUCACCUAAUGUAUAGUAUGUGUCAGUAAUCUGGAUCGAGGGAUGUCCCCUUUUGUGAAUUUGGAUGUGGAAAUACCCUGUCUGGGAUUAACUAUCAUGAUUUUAUGUAUUAUUGUACGAUGGUUCUAAUAUUGUAAAAUAUUAUUGUCUUGUGCUCAUAAAGUUAAAGAAACAUCAAGAAAUAAUGUAAUAUUUACUUGGAUGCAUUAGGUUAUAUAUACCAUGUUUUAUGGUGUGAUUUUUUAAAUACUGAAAUUUUGAUUCAUUCCACUAAGCAAAAUCCCUCAGUGUUUUGAAUCGUGAAACCUUGAGAAAAAAAGAAGUGCACUUAAAUGGAGACUUUAUCUACAGUUAAAAGACUAAGAACUACACAGAAUAUUAGUAUACCAACAAUACAAUGUAAAAGGGAAUUUGAUUUACCACAUAAAUUUCCAAGCAAAAUCUCAGGGAAGAGUAAUAUUGUACAAAAAGGCCAUAAUGCAGUAAAUACUACUAACAAAACAAUAACCCAGAAGAACCUUAAUAAUUUAAGAGGUAAAGAACUAUUGUCCGUUAAUAAUAUAACAAAAUUAAGAAUAAAAUCCCAAGAUGGUAAAGAUCUUGGUGAAGUUAAAGUACGCUUUCUCUCUCAGGAGAAUGCAUUAAGCUCUAAAACAAUUACCUUUAACAAAGCUAGUUUGAGUUAUAAGAUACAUAAGCCUGUGAAACUUUCCAUUGUACCACCGAGUAAUACUGGCUCGUUGAGGGGUUCGCAAAAUGAUGUUGAAACAUCGAAAGCAGUCGUAAAAUCAAUUCCUUCUAACAAAGUAUCAGCUGGUUCUGAUCGACGAUCCGAAGUGAAAGAAAAAUGUAAUAAAGCCCAGACUCAGUAUGUUUUAACAAAAAUAAGUAAAAUUAAUCAACAGAACAAUGAUAAAAUGGUAUUGUUAAAGGAAAAUGAUAAGAAAUCGUUGGACAAAGUUCAAACUCUAAGUAAGAAUAUUCCAAAAUAUGUAACAAUACAGAAAAACAAAAUAUUAUUUCCAAGUAAAAAGAAAAAUGACGAUCUUUCAAUGAAAAACCAAAGUGAUUCUCAUAGCGAAGGAAAUACAAAAAAUCAAAGUAAAACGAAUGUAUUAAAGACUCAGAAUGGUUUAGAUUCUGAGAAAUUAGCGGAAUCAAAAAUUCUUGUAGUAAAAUGUGAAAGAUUAUCAGUACCAAAAAGUAAAGCUAUCGGUAAUGAUAUUACUAGGCUUUCUAUAAACACAAAUAACAAUGAAUCAGAUAUUAAUUCAGGUAUCAGAAAUAGUACAGUAGAGAAUAAUAUUAAAUUACGUAGAAAUUCCUAUAGUAUAAAGCCUGUUGAUAACAAAGAGUGCCAUGUAAGUACUCAGACAAAUCCAACAAACUCAAUAGACAAAGUGCUAAAUGAAAAUUCUCAAAACGAGGAGAACAAUAAUACGAUUCAAAAACAGGAGGAUAUUGUUACUUUAGUACCUGCAAAUAAUAAACAUAUAAGUAGUGAAAAUCAAGUUGUACCUAAUGAUACGAAUAAUAAAUCAAAUUCUUGCCAAAAUGAAACAAUGCGUAAUAACACUAACAGCAUGCAGCACGAAGAUUCAAUUUCUGAAACAAGUAAAGCUAAAGAGGCAGUCUCUGUUGAUGUCCGUAAGGAAGAGAAAUUAUCACAACAUUGGGACAUAAUUAAAGAAGCAUUGACAAGUGUGAAGGAUGAAGAACUUAGAACGAAAGCUUUACAAGCUCUUGCGGAUUGUGGGAUAGGUACACCGAAACAAAUUCCUAUUAAACCACCAGAGAAUUUAAAGACAGUCCAUGAUUCACCGAUUCAGACUGAUGUGUUUGGACUUUUAGAUUUUGAAAAUUUCAUACUAGUCAAGGAGGAUACACCAAUUCUGGAAAGAAUAAAACAAACAGAAAGAUCAACUCUUAAGUCGUCUACUUUAGAUGCUGUAACACAAACACGAUCCAACACCAAAGUGAAUAGACACAUAGAUAAUAUAGAUUUAUUCCCAACUCUGAGUUCAGUAUCGAUGCAAGAUACUCUUGAUUUAGAUAAUUAUUUCAUAGAACAUUUUGGGACGAAUACGAAUGUAAAUGAAGUGAAAAAGGUACUGUCAACACCUCAUUCAUUGUACAAAAAAGUUGGCGCAAAGUUGAAAAGUGAUUUUGAAGGAUUGCAAAAAUGGGAUGAAAAUGGUAUGGUUAAUAUACAUAGAGCAGUGAUAAAUGACCAGCUGCACGAAUUACAGAGACUGCUAUUGGUACUACAAGCUUCUAAAAUGAGUAUUGAUAUACCCACAGAUGAUGGAGAGACAUGUUUAGAGUUGGCUAUCAAAUGGAACGCAUCUGAAGAUAUAGUGAAGUUGUUACUGAAAAAUGGAGCGAACCCAGUUUCUUCAGAACUUUUGCAUGAUUCUGCGAUACUCUUGGCUAGCAAAUGUUCAUCUCCAUUAUUACCAGACCUUGUUAAAUGCGUGACAGACUCUAAACUACUGAACCAGGUGGAUUCAUUAGGAUUUGCUGCUUUGCAUUACUGUGCUUUCAAUGGUAACUUGGAAGGCGUUACCGCCUUAAUAGAAGCUGGUGCAGACGUAAAUUUGAAGGACAAUCGUUCUGGGAGGACUCCAUUCUUUCAUGCGCUCGAGAAUAAUUAUGUAUGGAUCGCGCAAAAGUUGUUGGUGAACGGUGCGAUUGCGAAUCUCCCAAAUUUUUCUGGCCAGACUGUUCUAUCCUUAAUAGACGAGACUAAAAGCCUUUCUAUAAAGGCUGCCUUAAAGCAUAUAAUGGGUUAGUUUUAUUGUAAAUAUAAUGAUUAUUAGAAGAAACAGUUGGUAACGAAACAUCACAAUAACUAGUCCUUCACUUAUCAUAAUAGUGAUAAUUACUGUGCAUAAUUAAAGCAGGAAGUAAAAAACUUUGUCUUGCACAAAUUGAAGUAAAAAAAAAA